AUGAUAUUAAUUUCUUAUUAAUAAAGUUAUUACUUUUUAAUUCAUUAAUUAUCAACUUAAAUUAGACAAUUUUUUUUUUUAAUUUAAAAUAUUUAAAUAAAAUAAAAAAUUUUAUUAUUUUUUGUUAGAACUUAAACAAGAAAGAAUUCACUUGCAUUCUAAUAUAAAAAAAUUAAAUAAUACGCAUUAUCUUAUCAAAAAUAGAUAUUUUAUUAAGUUUAUAAUUUUUAUCUUUAAAAAAAAUAUCAAUUGAAUCUUUUAGAUUACAAAUAGAAAAAAUCACCCAUUUUUAGAAUGCUUAAUAACAUUAGAAAGCAAUUAUUUUCAAGUUCAAGCUUACUUCCUAAAUUUAAUUCCUUUAAGGAAGUUCAUAAUUUGCCCUACAAAAAGCUUUCAGUAGCUUAAAUGUAAGAAUUACUUAACAAAGUUAAUGCUGGAGAUUGGAAAAUUUAAGGUGAAGGCUAAAAAAUAAGAAAGGAAUUAAAAUUUAAGGAUUUCAUUCAAGCAUUUUCCUUCAUGAACAGUGUUGCUAUAGUUGCUGAAGAUAUGUGCCAUCAUCCUGACUGGUUUAAUGUUUAUAACAAUGUACAAAUUAAUCUAAAUACUCACGAUGUCUCUGGACUCUCUAUUAGAGAUGUUAUUUUAGCAUUCGCAAUUAAUGAGAUUUAACACCAAGCUAAUAAGCCUUAAGGACUCAAUGAUGUUUCAUACUUAAACUAAUAAGCUAUUUUAUCUAAGUGGAAUUCUCUUUGA